AUGGAGGGAAGGUUGUGGAAGGUGGAGCGAAUGGAGGCUAGGGCACAGGGAGGAAUCAGAGGAGAUCGGGCCGGGAGGCGGAGCUUGGAUCUCUCGGCUAGGAUCGGGGGUGCGAUCGAGGCUGCGGGAUUUGGGCAGGAAUCGUGGAGAAACGAUGUGAAUCGGCGCUGCCAGCGUGAUUUCAGCUGGAUUCCGUGGAUUUACGGCAGCGUCUCGGCAGAUUUCGUGGAUCCAUCGGAGGAUUUCAUUGAAUAUUUAUCAUUAGCUGAUCUUGAUUUCAUUUACUUUUUUUUUUCUACAGCCAUUGGAGGUGAAUAUUUAUCCAAUUCAAAGGCUGGAGCCUUAUCAACAUUUUUCGAUGUGGGUGGGGUGUUUGGUGGCAUCUUAGCAGGUCACAUAUCUGACCACCUUGAUGCGCGGGCAAUCACAGCUGCAAGUUUUAUGUAUUGUGCCAUCCCUACACUAUUCCUUUACCGUGCUUAUGGGAGCAUUUCCCUCUUCUGGAAUGUUGCAUUUAUGAUAAUUGCAGGGUUGUUUGUGAAUGGUCCUUAUGCUCUUAUCACCACAGCAGUUUCAGCUGACCUUGGCACCCAUGCCUCUCUGAAGGGGAAUUCCAGGGCCUUGGCUACUGUCACAGCGAUCAUCGAUGGAACAGGAUCUGCGGGUGCAGCCAUUGGCCCACUCUUGACCGGAUAUCUGUCGACUCAAAGCUGGAGUACGGUAUUCGCUAUGCUAACGGCUGCUGCACUCAUGGCCGGUCUCUUACUUACGAAGCUUGUGGCGACUGAGGUUAAACUGAAAUUGAGGGCGCGGAGAUCUUCCAGGUCGGAGGAAAGUCUAAUAUGAUUUAUGGGUGGUAGGUAUAUCGUAGGAUGCAGACUUGCAGUGGAGACAUGAUAGAUCUAUUGUAUCAGUAAUGCCUGUGGCCUAGAUCUGCGACCUUCAAUGCACUUUGAAGGGGCACUGGUCUACCAUCUGCCCAAGUGGUAGAGUAAACGUCAUAAUUUGUGUAUGAUAGAUCUAUUAUAUGUGGAGAGGUUGUAAACGAGUGAGUUUGAGUUAUCGUUUAUUAAGAUGGAUAUUUAAAUUUGUUAUAAAUUUAAAUUAGAGAAUAAAUUUCACAAAUUUACUCUUUCAA